AUGGGAGCCCAACAAUCCUCAGAAACCUCCAAUGCUGGUGGCCCAGCUCCCGUCGCAAAAACCUGUUACUACGAACUGCUCAGUGUUGAGCGUUCUGCUACAGACGACGAGAUCAAGCGAGCUUACCGCAGAAAAGCACUCGAGCUUCAUCCUGAUCGCAACAUCAAUGAUGUUGAAACCGCCACACGCCGCUUUGCCGAAGUUCAAACUGCUUACGAGGUCCUGUCUGACCCCCAAGAGAGAGCUUGGUACGAUUCGCACCGCGAUGCCAUCCUCAGUGGAAGAGACGGCGACGAUGAUGGACAACCUACUACGUUCCGCAAUGUGCGACUCACAUCCGCUGAGGAGAUCAUGGGCCUGAUCCGCAAGUUCAACGCUGCGGUACCCUUCGAUGACGAACCAACAGGUUUUUACGGAAUCUGCAGGGAAACCUUUGAACACUUGGCCAUGGAAGAGGAAGCUGCUGCUGACAACGACGACCUCGAUGUCCGGAAUUACACAACUUUUGGAUCCUCUGACGAUGACUACGAGGAUGUUGUGAAACCAUUUUACACCGCAUGGACUGGCUUCGCAACCGUCAAGUCGUUCGCGUGGAAGGAUAAAUAUCGACUUUCCGAUGCCCCCGAUCGUCGUGUCCGCCGUUUGAUGGAAAAGGAAAAUAAGAAAAUGCGGGAGGACGCCAUUCGCGAGUUCAAUGAUGCUAUCAACUUCCUCGUCGGCUUCGUGCGCAAACGAGACCCCAGAUACCUGCCCAAUUCGCAGACCCAAGACGAGCGCCAGGCUUCCCUGCGAAAUGCUGCUGCGGCCCAGGCCGCUCGGUCCCGUGCUGCGAACCAGGAACGCAUGGCAUCAUUCGAGGUUCCCGAAUGGGCCCAGGCUCGAUCCGACGACAAUGGAGCAGAAGGGGGGUUUUCAGAAUCUGAAGAGGAAUCAGAGGUUGAGAUUCUGGAGUGUGUCAUAUGCGACAAGUCGUUCAAAAGCGAGAAGCAGCUUGAAGCGCACGAGAAGAGUAAGAAGCACAUCAAGGCUGUUCAACAACUGCGUCGACAGAUGAAGCGCGAAGGUGCUGAGCUGGAGCUUGAUGGGGUAUCAUCACCAUAUGAGGCAAAUGCGAACAAGCAAACAGAUGCUGCAGCGCAGAAAGAUGAUGUGAAAGAGGAGUCGCUUGGAUCGACUCAAGGUGGAAUUGUAUCACCUUCUCCAGCGGAAUCGUCCCUUGCCGCGACACCUGCCGAGUCUGCAGACGCAUCAGACGACACCGACUACGCGCCCAGGGACAUUGUCGAGGAGAGAAUAGCUUCAGCCAGCAAACUCAAAACUACUAGCGAUGUUACUAAUGAAGACGAUGAACUAUCAGUAUCAGUGCAGGAUCUGUCGGUUGAUGAGCCUGCGCAGGGCAAGAAGGUCGGCAAGGCCAAGGCCAAGCGCGCCAAGAAAGCUGCGGCUGCACAGUCGCAGAAAGAAGAACCACAGUGCGGAGUUUGUGGGGAGACUUUCGCUUCUAGAACCAGGCUGUUCGUCCAUAUUCGAGAGGAAGGACAUGCAGAGCUGAAAUCGGUGACUGGUGGAGGCAAGAAGAAGAAAAGGUGA